CAAAGGUUAGAAUAAAAUUUGAAAUGUGUAUACAAUUAUAACACUUAAAUAUUACUAAAAAACUGUUUUGACCAAUUCGAGGUUAUAAUAGGUUAUCCAUAACGCAUUGAAACGGUAAAGUGGUUUCUAACCUAUAUAAAUAAAGUGUGAAAAACAUUUCCCAUUAUAAAUAUAAAAUUUUCAAAGUUUCUAAUACUCGAUAUGUGUUUAAAAGAAAACUCUUAAUUUUGAAGGUACCAUUUAGAACCUUCUUAAGAAGAAGAACCACAUUUCCGAAGAGAUCUCAAAAUACGAAUUCCAAUUCGACUCCAGCAACGACUACAAACAUUCCUUCACAACCUCCGUCAAGAUUCUCAAAACCGACUGGCCCGUCUCGUAGAAUAAACAAGACGAGAACAACUACUAUUAAAUCAUUAGAAAGUCAAGAAACUUCUACCACGACCAAACCCAAUACGAAUGUUUCUUCCGGUUUCGUACGAAGACCUUUUAUACGUCGACCGACAAGACCUACAACAACAACAACGAAACUUUUCGGUUUAGUAGCAAAUUCAGACCAAAAAACAUCAGAUGGUUUGGAUCCUACUGAUAAACCGAUAGAAGUUAAAAAUUCGAUUCGUACAAACACGCAAAAUAUAUCUCUAGUACUCCCGCCAAUCCAGUAUAAUUCAAUCGAUGCUACGAGACCCGAUUACCUCUUAUUCAAUGACGUUAUGAGUACUACCGCUCAGCCUAGAAGAAGUACCGUCACGCCAACUCACCAUUCCUCGACAACCACUCGACCUAAAGUGUACCAUACCUCGAGAAUUCGUCCAGCUAUAAAGCAUACAAUAGCUAAUACAAGUCCAUACCAAACAGAUUUAUUCGGCAACAUUCAUCGUUCGAAUCUUGAAAGCGACAGUUUAUAUCCCAGUGUCUUAAUGGAUCAAUUACCAGCUCAAACCAAAGUUUUGUUACACGGUAACGGGUUAAUAGAAUGUUUAGACCAAGGAAACUUCCCCCACCCUGCUUCCUGCAAGAAGUUCAUAUCAUGUUCUAAAAUGGAAAACGGAAAAAUGAUCGGAUGGGAAUAUACGUGUCCGAGAAAUUUGAGCUUCGAUCCCAUUGGAGGAAUUUGUAAUUGGUCUACUGAUGUGUUAUGUGAUGUUAAUUAAUUCAUGUAUUAAAAUAAAUUAUGUGAAUCAUUUUUAUGGUCUCAAUAUUUAUAUUUGUAAGAAUAAUAAAUUUACUCAACA